AUGGAAGAUGACGAAUCAGAUUUGGACAUUAUGCUACUAAUGUUGGAUAAUAUAGCAAGAGCAUCUACGAAGAGUGCCAACCAAAUUGAACGUCCUGUUUGUCGACCGAUUACGGACAUUGGCUAUGAUUACAUUCAAAAGGCUCUUGCGGAGAAACAUGAACAUUUUCGAUCGUUAUAUCGUAUGUAUCCAGAGUCGUUUGAGAAGCUAUGUGUUCUUAUUAGAAUGAAGACAUGUCUACGAGAUACCCGUCAUAUAUGCGUUGAAGAAAUGGUGGCUACAUUCCUCCUUACAGUUGGUCAAAGUUCAAAAUAUUGUUAUACAAUAGACACAUUCAAGAGAUCGGUAUUCGCGACGAGCGAGAAUUUUCAUAAGGUUCUUAAAGCGCUAAACACCAUAGCACCAGAUUUGAUGGCGAAGCCUGGAGUCACAACAUGUGCAAAAAUAAGAGAGAGCACAAGGUUUUUUCCUUACUUCAAGGAUUGCAUUGGAGCUAUUGAUGGCACACAUAUCUUUGCCAUGAUACCAAAAGAUGAUGUGCCUAGCUAUCGGAAUCGUAAAGGAUCUGUAUCACAUAAUGUACUUGCAGCCUGUAAUUUUGAUCUGCAAUUUAUUUAUGUUCUUAGUGGAUGGGAAGGUUCAGCUCAUGAUUCAAAAGUUUUAAAUGAUGCUCUAACAAGGAACACUUGCAAUUUAGAAGUUCCCGAUGGAAAGUAUUAUCUUGUAGAUUGUGGGUUUGCAAAUCGUCAAAAGUUUUUAGCUCCCUUUAGAAGUACUCGUUAUCAUCUACAAGAAUUUAGAGGCCAAGGAUGUGAUCCCGGAAACCCAAACGAGUUAUUCAAUCUGCGGCAUGCAUCUUUGAGGAACGUUAUCGAAAGAAUUUUCGGUAUUUUCAAAUCUCGUUUUCUGAUUUUUAAAUCUGCUCCUCCUUUCUCUUUUAAGAUGCAAGCAGAAUUGGUUUUAGCUUGUGCUGGAUUACAUAAUUUUCUUCGUAAAGAAUGCCGAUCAGAUGCUUUUCCCGUAGAAGUGAUCAACACAGACCCUAAAGAAGUAAACAUUUUUGAAGAUAAUGGAGACGUAGGCACUCUUGAAUCUCAGCAAAGGGAAUAUGCGAACAAUUGGAGAAACAUGAUAGCAUCUAGUAUGUGGGCAGAUGCAUUGGGCAAUGGAAGUCAGCGAUGA